GUUGCGGUGGUAGUGUUUACGUCCCGCCCGCACGGCUGACAGCAGGGAGCGUCUUGUCUUUGUUGUGAUUCAUGAAUGAAUGAACUUCGCCGCGUUUGCUUUGACCAUGAGAGGAAGCGUGCCGCUCGCCCUGCUCUGCGCCCUCGCGCUGACACUGGGCGACAGGCGCGACGUGCUCGAGCUCGGAGACGAGGAGUUCGAGUACCUGGCGGCGGAGCACGAGACCCUGCUGGUGAUGUUCCACGCGCCAUGGUGUGGUCACUGUAAGAAGUUGGCUCCAGACUUUGCCAAGGCAGCUUCCCGGCUGAAGGGGUCCGUCCAGCUGGCGAAGGUGGACUGUACUGCUAACCCAGACACAUGCAAGGGUUUCGGGGCGUCUGCGUACCCCCUGCUCAAGGUGUUCAGGAACGGUGUGGACGCGGGGAGCUACACCGGCCCCCGGACCGCAGAUGGGAUCGUCCAGUACAUGCGGACGCAGACCGGACCGGACUCUGUCCCAUUAAGGACUGAGGAAGACCUCCAAGCCUUCGUCAAUAACUACGACCCCAGCAUUGUGGGGUUCUUCCCUCCAGGCUCUACUGGUCUACCGGAGUUCCUGAAGGCGGCAGCACAGCUCAGAGAACAGUUCCGCUUCGCUCACAGCGUAGAACCGGACCUGGGGGGCCCUCACAGCCUAGACCCUCCACUGGAGGGCCCUCAAACCCUCCAGCAGCAUGUGGUGUUGUUCCGUCCCCCCAGGCUGUCCAGCAGGUUCGAGGAGGGCUCCGUCCUCUUCACAGACCCGGUGUCUGUGGCCGCCCUCCGCAGGUUCAUCAGAGACAGCCUGUAUGGAAUGUGUCCUCAUCUAACUCUGGAGAAUAAGGAGAGGUUGCGAGUCCGAGACCUGCUGACUGUUUACUACGACCUGGACUACAGGCGGAACCCCACCGGCUCCAAAUACUGGAGGAACCGGGUGAUGAAGGUGGCCUCCCGCUACUCUUCGCGGGGGCUCAGCUUUGCGGUGGCCAAUAAGCAUGACUUCCUGUCUGAGCUGGAGGAAGACUUUGGUCUGGGGAUGUCCGAGGCCACGGAGCUCCCAGUGGUCACCAUCAAGACCCGACUGGGACACAAGUUCACCAUGAGAGAGGAGUUCACGAGAGAUGGUAGUUCUCUAGAGCGAUUCUUAGACGAUUAUUUCUCAGGUCUGUUGAAGCGAUUCAUUAAGUCCCAGACCGUCCCAGAGAUCAACAACUCACCUGUCAAGGUGCUUGUAGCAGAGUCUUUUGAAGAAGUGGUCAACCAGCCGGAGAAAGAUGUUCUCGUUCAGUUCUUCUCCCCCCGCUGUCCGCACUGCAAGAAGCUGACCCCAGUCUACACCGAGCUAGCUGAGCAGCUCUACUUGGAUCCCAACCUCAUCAUUGCUGAGAUGGACGCUACAGCUAACGAUGUUCCGCUAGGCUACGAUGUCCAAGGGUUUCCAACCAUUUAUUUUGCUCCGGUAGGAAAGAAGGAUCAGCCCAUUCGAUAUGAGGGAACCCGGGAGGUGAGGGACUUCCUGAAGUUCCUGAAGAGGGAGUCCAGACGGCCGCUGGUGCUCAACGGAGUUCGGGAGGAGCUCUGACCGUCAGGACAUGUUACCACGGCGACACGAACAUCGGUUACCGUGGCCACACGAACACCAGGGCCGGUUGUUACGGCGAAGCUGCUGGACCAGAGUGCGGCGGUCCAAACGGGACGCUGGCGGUGUCCGACAGCCGCACCUUCACCGGCAGCUCAACGACAUUUAUAAUCCUGAACAACUUAAUCUGUGAUGUUAACAAACCCCAAAGGGAGUCCUAACCCCUUAACCACACACUGAGGGACAUGUCUGAACCCCUUAACCACACAGUGAGGGACACGUCCCCCUUAACCACACACUGAGGGACACGUCUGAACCCCUUAACCACACACUGAGGGACACGUCCCCCUUAACCACACACUGAGGGACAUGUCUGAACCCCUUAAACACACACUGAGGGACAUGUCUGAACCCCUUAACCACACAGUGAGGGACACGUCCCCCUUAACCACACACUGAGGGACAUGUCUGAACCCCUUAAACACACACACUGAGGGACAUGUCUGAACCCCUUAACCACACAGUGAGGGACACGUCCCCCUUAACCACACACUGAGGGACAUGUCUGAACCCCUUAAACACACACUGAGGGACAUGUCUGAACCCCUUAACCACACACUGAGGGACAUGUCCCCUUAACCACACACUGAGGGACAUGUCUGAACCCCUUAACCACACAGUGAGGGACAUGUCCCCUUAACCACACACUGAGGGACAUGUCUGAACCCCUUAACCACACAGUAAGGGACAUGUCUGAACCCCUUAACCACACACUGAGGGACAUGUCUGAACCCCUUAACCACACAGUGAGGGACAUGUCUGAACCCCUUAACCACACAGUGAGGGACAUGUCUGAACCCCUUAACCACACACUGAGGGACAUGUCUGAACCCCUUAACCACACACUGAGGGACACGUCUGAACCCCUUAACCACACACUGAGGGACAUGCCUCCCGUCUUUGUACUCCUCAGGGUUGUGAUGUCACCAUCUCCAUCUCUGUACGUUGAACCUCCUGCCUCUGGUUGCCGUGGCGAUUCUCCUCUGGACGCUCAGAGAGAGGUGAUGGAGCGUCUCGAGCUCAUCAGUGAACCGUUACAACGAGAGACAAACUCAAUGUGCUUCACCUGAAUUAUUUCACAACUAGAUUCCGUUGUUGUUUUAUUUAUCCUUUUUAUUUGAUGUUAUUUAAUGGUUGUCGCUCAGUAAAAUAUUUUUUUUCUAAAUAAUGGUUUGUAUUAAUUAUGCGUAAUUUAUUUCUGCAUUUAUUUAUAUGAUUGCAAACAUUGUAUGCACUUGUUUCAGAUUGUGAUUCGCAUGAAAUAAAGACUUUAAUUAUUUUA